AGCAGCAGCAGCAGUAGCAAAAAACAAAAACAAAAAAAAAGAACAUCAGAAAUAAAAGAACACGUCGAAAAGACGACAAUAACCGCGCACGAUAAAAGUCGCCAGCGGCCAAAAACGCGCUCAUUGCGUGCGCUGUUUUCGCAACGGUAAAUUAGGUAGCACACAGCUGCUGAGAGUCGGGCAUCGGGCGGAUAUCAGAUACGCAGAUACUACAGCCGAGAUAUACGUAGAGAGCCACAGAUAGGAUGAGGAUGCGGCACGCAUUUGCUGGAUUAAUUGUGUGUUGGCUGGCAGUUUGUCAACCGCAAGCUGAGGCGCAGUUUGCACCGUUCGGUCAACCCGUCUUUGGUGGGCAGCCUGGCUUCUUUGGAGGCGGCGGACGCGGCCUACAGGGCUCCGUGUCCAGGGCCAACACAAACGCCUACGAGCGCCAGGUGGAGCUUGGCAACGAUCUGGAGCUCACGCGCGGCGUGUCCAACUCGCGCGCAGUGACGCGCCAGAACGGACAGCGCGUGGUCGCCAACAGCCAGGCGCUGACCGGCGGCCUGGACCUGGGCGGACUGCAGCUGGGCAACACCUUCACGCGCACACGCACCAACGCGAACGGGGCGUUGGUCGGCGGCGGCGUGGCCAAUCAGUUCCGCAUUGGCGAUGUCGGCCUGGGUGCCUCCCUCUCGCCGGACAACCUCCGGCAGGGCUUCGGACUGCAGCGCGACGCCAACGGCGAUGUGCGACUGGGCCUGGGCCUGCUCAGCCUCGAUCUGGACAGGAAGGUGGAGGACAGCAAUACGCUCAGCCAGGCGCAGGUGAACGCCCAGGGCCGUGGCGCUCGCGUCGGCUCCAACAGCAACAGCUUCACCAACAAUCAGCAGCUCGGCGGCGUCAAUGUCAAGGAGACGUUCAGCAACUCGAACGCCUUCGGACGGACGCGCUUCGGCCAGACCUCGGCCAAUGCGGGCGGCUUCGGUGAGACGGCCGCCUCGCGUGGCCUCACCUUCGGCAACGGAUUCCGGCAACGUCGCACGCCUCAGCGCCACGCCCAGUUCGUGCCCUUCGGCUAUCCGCCGCCGUCUUACGGCUUUGGCGGUGGCUUCGGCGGCUUCGGCGGCUUCGAGGCGGAACGUCCACGUCGCCAGUUCGGACGUCCGGGCGGCGGCUUUGGCGGACCUCCAAGCUUUGGCGGACAGCCGGGCUUUGGCGGCGGCUUUGGCGGACAGCCGGGCUUUGGCGGAAAGCCGGGCUUUGGCGGCGGCUUUGGCGGACAGCCGAGCUUCGGCGGCGGCUUCGGUCAGCCUAGUUUCCCACAGGGCGGCAACAAUCGCGGCCCCGUGCAGUCGUCGGGCAGUGCCGGCGCCAAGGGCGGCCCUGGGUUCAAUCAGCAGGCGGGCAGCAACAACUUUGCCAAUCAGAAUGCGGACGGCUCGCAGAAUGCGGGCAGCAGCAGCAUCGGCUCCAAUCUGGCCGAGGACGGCAGCAGCGGCCAGGUGAGCUCGGCCAACACCAAUCAUCAGUCGGGCAACGGCCACAGCUCGAACGGCGCCCAGAGCCAGGCGCUGAACUUCCGGCCCGGCGAGCAGCAGGCGAGCAGCUCGAAUGCGAACACCGAGCACACGCGGACGGGCAACAGCGAGACCAUUGGCUCGAACAGCGGCUCCACCUCCACCAACAACAAUCAGCGGGGCAGCUCCAGCAACACGGCCAACACGGACACGAAGAUCGUGCGCAACGGCAACCAGCAGACGAUCACAUCGGGCGCCAACAGCCAGUCCAUCUUCCAGGGCAACAACAACCAGGGCAACGCCGCGGCGAACACCAAUGCGAACAUCAGCUCGCAGCGCAACCCCAACGGCUCCGUGACGAACUCGGCGUCGAGCAGCGCCAGCGCCACCAGCCAGAACGGGCAGUCGGCCAAUGCAAGCGCCAAUGCCAGCGCCGGCGGCAAUCGCAAUGGAGCAGGAGCCGGAGCGGACGCCAAUGCCUUUGGUGGCGGAUUCGAUAGGCGUGGCGGCGGCGGCGGCGCCAAUGCCAAUAGCAAUGCCUUUGGUGCCUUCAAUGGACCUUUUGGAUUUGGCCGUUAGUACCACUUGAGUCAAUACGCACAGCACCACC